AUGACCCAAUGUCAGAUGCUCCUAAUGUUGGAGGCACUAAUGAACGACAAUAAGCGUCUCCCACAGACACCCUACAAUACAAGGCAUAGAAUUAGGCAGCUUGCGUACUUUCAGAUGAUACACAAGUCCCAUCUUGUGUGUCGUGAAAUCACCCGCAUUGACAGGCGAACAUUAAUAAUUCUAUGCAAUUUACUUAAGAUUGUAGCUGGUCUUUCGUGGAUAGAGAUUGUCGAUGUUGAGGAAAUGGUUGCGAUGUUCUUGUACGUCCUUGUGCAUAACGUGAAGAACCGCAUAAUUCAACAGAAAUUUGUACGAUCUGGAGAGACAGACUCAGGACAUUUUAACCUCGUCGUGUUUGCUGUGGUACGACUAUACGACGAGAUGAUAAAGAAACCUGUCCUAGUAACAAACAACUGCACUGAUCAACAUUGGAAGUAUUUUGAGGUGGGCGUAGUACAUGUGAAUUGCCUUGGGGCAUUAUUGGACGUGACGUACAUAAAAGUGAACGUGCCAGCAACAGAUCGCCCUACGUUUAGAACGCGGAAGGGAGAAAUUGCAACUAAUGUACUCGGCGUUUGCGACACCAAAGGGGACUUCGUAUAUGUCCUCGCCGGUUGA